AUGGCUCUCGGUUCUUCUAGCUUUACCGAAGAUGGUGAAUACGCCCUUAUGUCAACCCUCCUAGGGAAAAGAGUCGAGUUGUUUUUUCAAGCACUUGCUCCUCCCACCAUUACUGUUUCUGGAGUCUUUCUUCCACAUCCUCAAGAUCUUUACGACGAAUUUCCUCAUCACUUCUCGUUUGGUGCUUCAAACGCCGAGGUUAGGGCCAAAGCCUUACCACAUAAUUUCAGCAUGUAUGUUGUGAAAGGAUGUCUUUUUGUCUUCGCCAGAGAGCAACUCCCGGAACUCGUAGAUCGGACAAUGGUCAAUUACAAAGACUUAGAGGUGCCAAAAUUCGUUCUUGAUGUCAUUGAAGAAUACAAUAUACCCAAAUCUCUUCGCACACCUACCGAGUUCUUCAUCACUGUCGUUGAUAUGGUUGUGCACUCUCCACCUGAAAACUCAAAGAUCAAUUAA